AUGCGUUUGUCUCUCGCUCUUACCGGCCUCGCUGCCGUUGCCGCCAACGCCAGCUGCGGCGGCCGUCCUUCUGACGCUGCUUCAUCUGAAUCCGCUGCUGCUGCUUCCGGAUACCCUGUUGGAGGCUCUUCUGGUUCCGCCGGUUCUUCCGCCUACAGCAGUGUUUCUUCUGCUGCUGCCGCUACCGCUGCCGCUGCCGCUACCAACGUCAAGUCCGCAAGCACUGCUACUGCUGCCCAAUCCGGUAUCAAGGGUUUCAACUAUGGUGCUUUCUUCCUCAACCAGCAGGCCAAGACUCAGGCCGACUUCGAGGCCGAGUUCAGCCGCCAACAAAACCUGCCCACCACCUCGGGCUUCAACAGCGCUCGUCUGUACACCAUGAUCCAGUGGGGUACUGCUAGUGACCCCAUCCAGGCCAUCCCCGCUGCCAUUGCCACCAAGACCACCCUCUUGCUCGGUCUCUGGAUCUCCGGUGGCACCCAGGCCCUCACCAACGAGUUGGCCGCCCUCGAGUCCGCCAUCGGCACCUACGGCACCGCCUUCACUGACCUUGUCGUUGGUAUCUCCGUCGGUAGCGAGGACUUGUACCGUGACGCCAACAACCAGGUUGGCACCACCGCCGACUACUUGUUGGACAGCAUCUCCAAGGUCCGCAGCGCCAUUGCCGAUACCGGCCUGUCCGCCGUCCCUGUCGGCCACGUCGACACCUACGACUCAUUCGAGAACGCCACCAACACCAAGGUCAUCGACUCUCUUGACUUCAUUGGCUUUGACGGCUACCCCUUCUGGGAGAAGGCCCUCCCCAACAGCAUUGACAACGCCAGCGAGCGUUUCUACUCUGGAUACAACAAGACUGUUGCUCUCGCCAACGGCAAGCCCGUCUACGUUACUGAGACUGGCUGGCCUACUGUUGGUGAUGACGAGAACGAGGCUAUCGCUUCCGUGGAGAACGCUCGCAAGUACUGGCAAUCCAUUGCUUGCUCUUUGAUCGACUCCAACAUCAACGUUUGGUGGUACGAUCUGCAGGAGUCCCAGUACGGCGAUGCCAACCCCGACUUCGGUGUCUACGGUGCUGGUGAUCUCUCUACCCUUGAGCCCCUCUACGACCUCUCCUGCUAA